AUGCCCACGGCGGCCAUCGCGGUACGCGUUCUCGACCACAUGGAGCUGGUCGAUAAGGUGGCCGCCCAGAGCAAGAACCUGCACGGCAGGUUUGCCCGGGCACUACGCGUAGCCGCGCAGGAGACGAGGAUAGCAGAGACCGAACUGGCCACUCGGUCCGCGACCUCGUCCUCGGCGGGACUUGAGGCCGAGAACAGGGCCCUCCAAAAGAGGGUGGAGGACUUGGAGGCGGACCUCCGACAGCUCCGCAAGAAAAUGGAGACGAGGCGGCGCGCGCCAAUGGGGGGAUCGGACACUGUGCCCGUUGUGGUGCCGGCGCCCGUGUCCCAGGUCGCAGGUACGUCACCUUUGCCGCCGUCGCCGGGGCCACAAUCGCCGAAGACACCGUCGUCGUUGGGGGGUCAGAGAGGUCCAUCAGGGCCUCAACCAACCACUGCUAGGGGCAGGGACCCGGCCUAUAUACAGCGGCAGGAGGAUCCGGUAGUUCGGAUAACGCAGCUGAUAGAUCAGCGCUUCGCUGCGCUUAGGGCGGAGAUGCUUCCUCUCAUGUCGGCGUUGGAGGAGCCGAGGAGGCCGCCGCCGGCACCACCAGCGGUGGGUCUUCCUCCCCCAAAGCCAACUUGA